AGUUUAAUGUAACAAACAGAAACUAUCGGAAACAAGUGCUUUAUGUUUCCCACUACUCUCUCUUCACACUCUUUCUAUAAAUACUUCACUCUUUUCCACGUUCAAUCUCAUCAAGUCACAGUUUUUUCACAUUGGAUCGCAUCAUUGCUGCUUUCAUAGUGAUACAAGAGGUGGAAAAUUUUCAACAUGUCUAGGAUUCGGUUGUUAGGUGUUGUUUUAUGGCUAUGCUGUUGGUUGGUGGUAACUGCUGAUGCUCAAGUUGAUGAGAUGAAAUACAAAGAUCCAAAGCAACCGGUUGCAGUUCGGGUUAAGGAUUUGUUGAGUAGGAUGACUUUGGAGGAGAAGAUUGGUCAGAUGACUCAGAUUGAUAGGAGUGUUGCCAAUGCCAAUGUUAUGAAAAAUAGUUUUAUUGGGAGUGUACUGAGUGGUGGUGGCAGUGAACCGCUUCCAAAAGCUACUGCUCAAGAUUGGGUGAAUAUGAUUAAUGAAUUUCAGAAAGGGUCUCUGGCAAGUAGAUUGGGCAUUCCCAUGAUGUAUGGUAUUGAUGCCGUUCAUGGACACAAUAAUGUCUAUAAUGCUACCAUAUUUCCCCAUAAUGUUGGGCUUGGAUGUACCAGGGACCCUGAUUUGGCACGAAGAAUUGGUGCUGCAACUGCUCUUGAAAUCAGAGCAACAGGGAUUCCUUAUGCUUUUGCUCCAUGCAUUGCGGUCUGUAGAGAUCCUAGAUGGGGUCGGUGUUAUGAAAGCUAUAGCGAGGAUCCUAAAAUUGUGCGAGAAAUGACAGAGAUCAUACCUGGUCUACAAGGAGAUAUCCCGCCGGGUGCUAGGAAGGGAGUUCCAUAUGUUGGCGGCAAGACAAAGGUAGCGGCUUGUGCUAAGCACUUUGUUGGAGAUGGUGGUACAACCAAGGGACUAAAUGAGAACAACGCGGUGGUUGAUUGGCAUACAUUGAUGAGCCUUCACAUGCCUGCGUAUAUUGAUUCCAUUAUUAAGGGGGUCUCUACAGUUAUGGCUUCAUACUCAAGUUGGAACGGUGUGAAGAUGCAUGCGAAUCGUGAUCUAAUUACUGGCUACCUCAAGAAUACUCUUAAGUUUAAGGGAUUUGUCAUCUCAGAUUGGCAAGGUAUUGACAAAAUCACAACACCUCCCGGUUCAAACUACACAUACUCCGUCCAGGCUUCCAUUGAAGCCGGUGUUGAUAUGGUGAUGGUACCAUACGAAUUUGAAGAUUUCAUUAAGGACCUUACACUCUUGGUCAAGAAUAAUAUCAUUCCGAUGGAUCGUAUUGAUGAUGCUGUUGAGAGAAUUUUGGUUGUAAAGUUCACCAUGGGUCUUUUUGAGAAUCCUCUAGCCGAUUUCAGCUUGGUCAAUGAGCUUGGAAGCCAGGCACACAGAGACCUUGCAAGGGAAGCGGUGAGAAAAUCACUUGUGCUGCUUAAAAAUGGGAAAAACCAAAGUGCUCAACUCCUUCCUCUUCCAAAGAAAGCCCGAAAAAUCUUAGUUGCUGGCACUCAUGCCGAUAAUUUGGGAUACCAAUGUGGUGGGUGGACUAUCAAAUGGCAAGGAUUCAUCGGCAAUGGUGACACGAGCGGUACUACUAUUCUCAGUGCUAUAAAUUCAACAGUUGAUCCAAGCACAGAAGUUGUAUUUCGCGAGAACCCUGACGCUGGUUUUGUUAAAUCCAACAACUUUGAAUAUGCCAUUGUUGUUGUUGGCGAGCCUCCUUAUGCCGAGACUGCCGGGGACAGCACGGCCCUUACAAUCUUGGAUCCUGGUCCAAAUAUCAUCAACAAUGUAUGUGGAGCUGUCAAGUGUGUGGUUGUCACCGUUACUGGCAGACCUGUUGUGAUUGAACCAUAUCUUUCCUCCAUAGAUGCAUUGGUUGCAGCAUGGUUACCAGGAUCUGAGGGACAAGGUGUGGCAGAUGUUCUUUUUGGUGACUAUGGUUUCACUGGUAAACUUGCAAGGACAUGGUUCAAAUCUGUCGAUCAACUCCCAAUGAAUGUUGGAGAUCCUCACUACGAUCCACUUUUUCCUUAUGGUUUUGGACUAACUUCUGAAUCUGUCAGAGACCUAGUAACAAGGUCAACCUCAACUGCUGAAUUUGUAAGGGCUUGUAUAGUUACCAUUAUGGCGACACUACUCACCAGCUUAUAUUUAAUUGGUUAAGCAAUGCGUUUAUCGGAGGGACCUUAUUGGAGCUGGUGGCUGGAGAACUAACUUAGGAUACUUUCUAGAUUAUGCUUUUUUUAGUCCAAUUCAUUAUAUUAUGACAUUUUAUUCAUGAACUAGGACCCUUUUUUUAUACACACACAUAAUUUAUUUAUUCCCUGGUAUUUAUUGAUUUAUUUUUCUUUA